AUGAGGCAGGCAGAGGACCGGGGGCGCGCGUUCACGGACACACUCCUCAAACAAAGAGAAGCACGCGAGCGAGGCACCUCAGCAUCCCACCCCCCCUCCAUCAACUUGCAGACAGAAGCGGACGGAGCGAAGCCACCAUGACAACUAACGGCGCUAGCAACGGAUCCAGCGACAUGCUGCAGAUCCAAUUCGGUCUCAUCAACUGCGGCAACAAAUAUCUCACCGCCGAGACGUUCGGCUUCAAAAUCAACGCCUCGGCCUCGAGCAUGAAGAAGAAGCAGAUUUGGACCCUGGAGCAGAGCGGCGACGACUCCAGCGGCAACGUCUUCCUCCUCAAGUCCCAUCUGGGCCGUUACAUGGCCACCGACAAGGACGGCAACGUGACCGGUGACAGCGAGACUCCGGGCCCCGAGUGCCGCUUCGUCAUCACGGCGCACGACGACGGCCGCUGGUCCCUGCAAUCCGAGCCCUUCGGCCGCUACCUGGGCGGAACCGAGGACCGCAUCAUCUGCUUCGCCCAGACCGCGUCCGUGGCGGAGAAAUGGAGCGUGCACAUCGCCAUGCACCCGCAGGUGAACCUCUUCAGCCUGACGCGCAAACGCUACGCGCACCUCAGCUCCAAGGUGGACGAGAUCGCCAUCGACAGGGAUAUCCCCUGGGGCGUGGACUCCACCAUCACACUGGUGUUCCGAGAGCAGCGGUACCACCUGCAGACCUCCGACAACCGCUUCCUGAGGAACGAUGGCGCGCUGGUGGCCGCCACGGACAAGAGCACCGGCUACACGCUGGAGUUUCGCUCCGGCAAGGUGGCCUUCAGGGACUGCGGAGGCAAGUACCUGGCGCCGUCCGGCCCCUCCGGCACCAUGAAGUCCGGCAAGAGUGCGCGCGUGGGCAAGGACGAGCUCUUCCAGCUGGAGCAGAGCCACCCUCAGGUGGUCCUCACCGCGGCCAACGAGAGGAACGUCUCCACCCGCCAAGGUAUGGACCUGUCCGCCAAUCAAGAUGAAGAAGGUGACCAGGAAGUCUUCCAAGUGGAGAUUUGCCGUGAGAACAGGAAGUGUGCUUUCCGCACCGCCGCUGGCAAAUACUGGACCCUCACUGCCAACGGAGGCCUGCAGUGCACCGCCUCCACCAAGUCAGCUAAUUGCUACUUUGACAUCGAGUGGCGUGGGAAGAGGCUGACUCUGCGAGCCGCCAAUGGGAAAUAUGUCGCCGCCAAGAAAAACGGACAGCUAGCAGCCACCAUUGACUCUGCCGGUGAGUCCGAAGAGUUCAUCAUGAAGCUGAUCAACCGCCCUAUCAUCGUUCUGCGCGGCGAGCACGGCUUCAUCGGCUGCAGGAAGGUGACGGGGACCCUGGACUCCAAUCGCUCCUCCUACGAUUACUUCACGCUGGAGUUCAGAGAUGGAGCCUACAGCCUGCAAGACUCCACCGGCAAGUACUGGAUGGUGGGCAACGAGCAGGCGGUCGUGAGCAGCAGCGACACGCCCAUCGACUUCUUCUUUGAGUUUUGCGACUACAACAAGCUUGCCAUCCGCCACGGCAGCGACGGCAAGUACGUCCGCGGCGACCACGCCGGCGUGCUCAAGGCCAACGCGGAUGACCUCGAGACGGCCACCAUGUGGGAGUAUUAAAUGAGGAUCGCCGACGUGGCAUCCGCCCAUAGCGACCCCCCCCCCCCCCCGUCUUUCCCACACCCGUCCUCAUAUAUGACGUCUUGUAUGACUUUAUAUUUUGAACUGCACAGAGAGAAGAGGAAGGAUGGAAGAGGUUAUUCUCCCUCCCCGUCCUUCCUUUCUAUCCCUCCCUUUCCCAGCUGCCGACCUCUGUAUGUUGCCAUAGUUACCACGGGGCUGUGCACUUUUUCCCUCCUCAUUCCCAACCUGGUCCGCCGCUGCCCCCAAAUCAUCGCUCACCCUUUUCUCGCCUUAGCACCGACUGGUCUUCUUUCUACUCGUCUCUAUUGUACAUUGAUGUUCUUCUACUUGAGCCUAAAAAAAAACCCCAGAUUCUGCUUCCAAGGCAUGGGGUCUCUUUUGCUGGCUUGAGUAGAAACAGAUUUAUUUGUUAGUCUGGAAACUUCUAUCAAAACCAGAUCAGGUGUGUGUAUUUCCUGGGCUUGUUGGGUGAUUGUAAGGCCUUCUCCCUAACAUGAAAUUGUUCUCAUGUAAACUAGCUUCCUGUGUUGUCCUCUAGCUGUGUUCCUAUUGGUCGGUGGGGAGUCUUGAUUGUUUCGGGACCAAACAGGAUGUAGGAAGUAAAUGUACCAUCCCCUCCUCCCUAUUGUCCCCAGAACAAUUUCAAAACAAACCUGGGUGCCAUCACUGCAUGCACCUCACUAGAAGAAAAAAAAAGAAAUAACAUUUUGGGCUUGGAAUGAUGUAAAAAGCCAAAGUCCAAGGCACAGACAUUAUCAUGGUUAAGUGAAGUAAUGAAUAUUUGAAAGCUGCUUUUUGGAUCAGAUGAGCACAACGUAUGUAUGUAUGUAGAUCAAGCCUUGAUUGAAACUGGAUUCAACUAUUGUCAUCUCGCACAACAACUGGACCGCGGUGCUACUAAUGUGUGUGUGCUGUUUGCACCAACUGGUAACAUAAUAUUGAUCAAGUUUUUCCUUCAGCCAAACCCAGUGAAGCAUCUCAUCCUUCACAAAGCACUUGAGCCUUGUCAUUAACCAGAUCUGCUGCUUGUGUUCUUUUUUUCAACUUUGACUAGUGUCAUAUCUGCCUUUAAACUGAGGUAUGACUAAAUAUUUUUUGAGUUAAUGAUUUUUUUUGGGGGGCUUGUCAGUGAUUUUGUAAGGUAAGAGAUGGAAAUAAAAAGAAAGUGCUGUUAAAUGUGGUGUUCUACAGUCAUGCAGCAGCGAAGCCAUGAGUCCUGACUUGUUAGCCUGCUUUCUCCAUUAGCAAUCAAUUAAGCGCCUCAUUAUUUCAAUUACGAGCACUAUAAAAGGAAACCUGAUUGUAGCCUGCGCCUCGUGAAUUUAUUUUUUUUUUUUUAAGAAUCUCCAACAACUAAAUGGUGCACUUAUCACCAGAGAUACUGUCUCCAUGGUAACCAAGGCUAAGACAAACGGAUGUGGAAUGGCAACUAUGUGGUAAUGACUGUGCCUUACGCUUACGUUUUCGGCAGUAGAAAAUUAGAAGGGUUAAAAA